UCCGUCAUCCACUCUGGUCCUUCGUCACCGUCAUCUACGUACAAUUCAUUUAAUCCACCUCAUUCCGUCUCAUUUUUACGCGGCUACCGCGACAAUCGAUCAGGAUGGCUCCCCCUCGGCGCAAGGUACUAGCCACGGCGGAAGAAACAAUGACCCCUCCGGAUGAGCUUGCUGAGGGACAAUUGAUCACGCGAGUCAUUAAAGCCACCGGCAACAACAUCUACCUGGUCGAGACACCAUUCAAGGAGUCAGCUCUCGUGGAAUUGCCUUCGCGAUUCCGGUCGACCAUUUGGAUCAAGCGUGGAUCUUACGUGGUGAUCGACACCAAUGCUCUUGAGGGUCGCGAUAACAAGCUGAAGGGCGAGAUUGUUAACAUUGUUCGGGACGAGAAGGCGUGGCGCAAGGCUUCAUUCUGGCCUAAGGAGUUCACCAAGCAAGUGAUUGCUGCGUCAGAUGACGAGGAAUCAGAGGGGGAGUCUAAUGUUGGUAAAUUGCCGCCCUCGGACGAUGAGUCGGAUGCAUGAUCGCCCUCUUCAUACUGGGAAUCGCUCAACGCUCGGAGGCUUGAUGCGCUAUCGCUCCAGUCAGAGCAUGAUGGAC